AUGGGAAGUCAAUGCUCGAGUUGUUAGAGUUGUUAAAGGAAGGACGAAAUUUUGGUUAGUGAAUUUCAUUAAUAAACCCUACAUCAUUAUUCGAAUAAUUAGUAGGAUUGCGAGGAAGAGGAUUAUUAAGAAAAGAUAUUGAAUGAAGAAUAAAAGGAAUCGAAAUAGCCAAUUUAAGAUCAUAUUGAACAUGAGUUUCAAGAUUAGUCAUAGACAGAAAAGAAAAUGGAGAUAAAUUUAACUUCUUGUAAAUUUCACAUUUAAUAUUUAGAGUCUAAUAGUGAUAGUAUGAGGAAGAAAGAUUAAAUGGCACUCAGAAAUCAUGAAGAUAUUUUAGAAACCUUAGGAAGCAAAUCAAAUUGUCAAUAGAGAGAAAAAAGGAACAAAUAUAUAUUUAAAAGUGGAGCAUCUUAUGAAGGUGAAUGGAUAGGUUAAUAAAGAGAUGGGUAUGGAGUUCAACUUUGGGUAGACGGUGCUAAGUAUGAGGGAGAAUGGAAGAAUAACAAAGUUGAUGGAAAGGGAAAGUUCUGGCAUUUAGGAGGUGAUUAUUAUGAAGGAUAAUGGAAAGAAGAUAAAGCUUGUGGUAGAGGAAUAUAUCUGCAUGCUAAUGGGGCUAAAUACGAAGGAGAAUGGUUGAAUGAUCAACCUCAUGGGUAUGGAAUUGAAAAUUGGGUUGAUUAUUCUAGAUAUGAGGGAAAUUAUAGCUAUGGAAAGAAGAAUGGCUUUGGAAAAUAUUUUUGGAGUGAUGGGUCUAUAUACAUGGGAAAUUGGGAAGGCAAUAUGAUGAAUGGAUUCGGAGUUCAUUACUGGGCUGAUGGUAGAGUAAAAUUUAUAUUCAAUUAAGAAAUUUGAGGGCGAGUGGAGAAAUAGUUAAAUGAAUGGAAGAGGUACUUAUAUUUGGCAAGAUGGAAGAUAAUAUAAUGGAGAAUACCUAAAUGAUAGGAAGUAGGGUUAUGGAGUCUACAUUUGGCCAGAUGGGCGAAGUAUUUAUCAAUAAAUUAAUUCAAGAAUAUGAGGGAUAUUGGGUUAAUGGGAAGUAAGCUGGAAAAGGUCGAUACACAUUGCCUAAUGGAAGGAGUUAAUUGGGAUUGUGGGAAGGAGGUAGACGUAUCAAGUGGUUGGAUCAUGAAGAGGAUAUCAAGCCUCUUGAUUGGGAUGAGUAUAAAGAUCCUAAAUAACAACAAAUUAAUUAUUAUGAUAGUUGA